UCUCUCUCUCUAUAUCUAAGACAAGCGACUCAUCAUCAAACCAUCUCUCUAAAAAGUCACUUUCGUUGCCCAACUGUGCAUUCCUCCGAAUUAACUGAUCCACCACCUAACACAUCGCUCCAUUAUUUCUCUCCCUCUCUCUUGCAUUCGUGCCACAAUCUACUUCGCCCUUCUUCAACGUAACCAUAAAGCCAAAAGCAAAGUCCAAGUUAUUCAAGAGACCCUCUCCCUCUCUCUCUCGAAACCUCCCCAUUUGAUCGUGCACUGCCGUCGCGGACGCGGAAAAGGCAUGGCGUACUCGAGCCUCCGGCGGCUCCUCGUCGUCCUAGUUCUCUUUCUCGCCAUUGCCCUUUCGGAUGGCGAUAGCACAGACCCAGGGAAGACGGAGCCGGACAAGAAGACGGCGACUUUCCAUGCGACGAAGAGUGGGAUCAAGUGCUCAACGUGCACCUGCUCGGACCCGUGCGGCCAGCAGCUGAGCCUGCCGCCACCUCCUCCUCCUCCCCCUCCACCGCCGCCACCGAAGACCACGUAUUGUUCUCCGCUGCCGCCUCCGCCGCCGAGGUUCAUCUACGUGACGGGCUUGCCGGGGAACUUGUACUCAUCCGACACCAACGACGACUGGCACUACUUUUACGCAGGUGCUUCUCGGAAUCAUGUCGUGGGUUACAACAGCGGGUUGGUGCUUUUGAUUGGAUUUGGCAUUUGGGGUGUCGUGGUAGCAACAUGGUGGUUGUGAUGUUAGUACAGAUGUGAGACUGAUUCAGAGAAACAAGAAGAAGGUAAAUAAUGGCGUUGGCUGAGGAGGGUAGGUACAUAUAGGUGGGUGCUUCAUUCAUUUAUGGUUUAUUUUGAUCCCAUGUUAAUGUUGGUACUCUGACAUUGUUCUCUGGAUCUUGUCUCUGUGAUAUUUAGAGUUCCUUCUUCUUUCGGACACUGAAA